CUCCAUCAAAACAACUCAUUUGAGGUUAUAUCAGAAUUCGCUUUUACAUCUCAAAUCGGAGGUGGUUUCGAGUUACAAAAACGAUGUCCAAAAUGUAUGGAACAACACGAUUUGCAAGAAUAAAUACUUGAAGCGGAAUAGUUAAAUGCGUACACUGUUAGCAAGCGAAUGCUUUUGCGGUAUAAAAAUGAAGGAAACCCACUUGGUAGAGAUGAGCAAAAUGCAAUUUUGAAAUCGUAAAGGAAACUGUGAUUUUGGAGUCUCAGUGACUGUAACCUGUGAUUGCGAUUCCUAUGAUUAUGACCUUUUUGAGCUGCCUUUUCAAAAUCCUCCCAAAAAUCGUCAUCUUCCAUAUUUUGAUUUCUGGCUUCAUUUGGGUUAAAUACAAUUUCCGUUUCUAGCAGCUCGGCUUGCUAAUUUGCCCGAAAUCUUUUCAUCUACCAAAGAAAAAACACUUUGUUUAGCGAUUUCUGCAUUUCUCUAGCCUUUAAAAGUUAUUUCUUUAAAACUUGGGUCAAGAAAGGUUGCUAUUAAUAAUAUGUGGUUUCUUUUAAAGUGCUCUUCUAUAUGUUUUACUCAUCUAACAAUAUUAACUAUCUCUUUGUCUUUUAAUGAGUCGCAGGUAUAGUCGCAGUAGCAUAUAAAGUCGUAGUUUAUUACGCAUUCAUAGUCAUUAUGAUUAAAUCGCAAUUCACAAUUUUUUGCUCAUCUCUACCACUUGGGAUUCUCCGUGGGUUAAAGGACGACGUGGGUGGCAUAUUUAAUGUUUAGUAAUUGCCACAGCUAUUGGUGGAGAAAAUUUAGAUACAAGGUCUUUAAUUUGAUAUAGAAAUCAUAUCUUAAUCUUUGAAAUAAAACCAAAGACCUUUGACGAACUUUGUUCAUUCUUAUAAAUUUUUAAACUUACUUCAUUAACACUCUACGAUAACUAAUCUUAAAAACAAUAAUUGAAUAUAAUUAUUUUUUUUAUGAAAGAUAAAAGUAUCUUGAGUAGAUCUUAUUCAAAAAUAGGGCCCCCUUAAAAUAAUUGUAUUCAGAUAAGAUUUCAAUCCAUUAUAAAUAAGCCACGUUAAUUAAUUCGCACCUACAGUGUCUUCGUCACCAUGAAGUUCGCAAUUUUUUCAAUUUUAGCCUUUUUGGCUUUAACCAAAGCGAACGUAUCUAAAGAUUUUCAUCCAACCGCUGGUUUAAGCCUUGUGGAGUUGGUGCAAUAUUAUGGUUACCCAAUUGAGGUACAUGCAGACAUCCAAACUGAAGAUGGCUAUUUAUUAACGAUGCAUAGAAUUCCCCAUGGAAAAUCCAACGGUGAUCAAAAAGAUAAAAAAGUCGCUUUAUUGAUGCAUUGUUUAGUGUGUAGUUCAGCUGUUUACGCACUUAAUGGACCAGAACGUAGCCUUGCUUUUAUUUUGGCUGAUCAAGGAUACGACGUUUGGAUGCCUAACGCUAGAGGAAACGUUUUUUCAAAGAAACACAUCACUUUAGACCCCCAAGAUGAUGCUGAUAAAUUUUGGAGAUUUAGUUGGCACGAAAUUGGUUAUUACGACGUUCCUGCUUCUAUCGAUUACAUUCAAGCAAAAACCGGUGUUGAAAAGAUGUCGUAUAUUGGAUAUUCCCAAGGAACAACUUCAUUUUACGUUAUGGCGUCUUCAAGACCUGAAUAUAAUGAUAAAAUUAGUGUUGCAAUUUCUUUGGCACCCAUUGGUUAUAUGUCACAUAUGACCGAAUCGUUUUUGGUGUAUCUUUCGGAACAUAUUGACGCUUUGAAUGAAUUUUCUGAAAUGCUCGGUUGGCAUGAACUUUUACCAAAUUAUGAAUUGAUGGGACCUUUAAUUAAAUGGUGUCAAGGAAGUGGGCAACAACUUUGCGAUGAUGCUUUCUCAUUGAUAUUAGGACAAAGUAUUUCUGAUUUGGAUGAUAAUUUGACACCGGUUAUUUUGACCCAUUUACCCGCUGGUUCUGCUGCAAAACAAUGGGUUCAUUAUGGACAAGAAAUCCAAUCAGGAUUUUUCCGCCGAUUUGAUUUUGGAUUGGUCGGUAAUUUAGCCGAAUAUGGUAAUGCAACUCCUCCAAAUUACGAUUUAAGCAAGAUCACCGCACCAACAGCUUUCUUGUAUGGAGAUAAAGAUUCUUUCGCUCACGUUGAUGACGUUGCGCAAAUGCUUAGCGAACUUCCCAAUGUGGUUUUUGAAAGACUCAUGGAAGGAUAUGGCCAUGGGGAUUUUGUUUUCAUUGAAAAUGCUACAAUUGUUGUUAAAGAACUCGUUCUAGAUAUAUUAGAUAACUAUUAAAGAUAAUUUUAUUUACUAUAUAAUGAAGAAAUAAAAUGAUUUUAAAACACA